AUGUUUCGUAUCCGUGAAUCUGACAUUGAGGAAGCCAUCAAUCAUUCCCUGCUCCAUGGGGAUAUGAAUAGGGUUUGGGAUAUCUCUCAGAAGGGCCAAAGGAUCACAGGAACUGUGGAUCCCCAACUGGUACAACGGGAAAAAGAUCGCUCACUCAGGGCUCAACUGAGUUCAGCCAAUGGAGAUACUGUGGAAAUCCACGAUCAGUUCUAUCGGGAUCACAAGCUCCUUCUUGUGCUGUUUCGCGUGAUGGCCGUUAUGCCAAUCACGAGAUCCCAACCCGGAAGGAUCACUUUCAGCUGGACCAGUUCAGCCACAAUCUAUGCCAUCUUUUUCUACAUCGUAACUACAGCCAUUGUACUUAUCGUGGGCUACGAACGCGUACAAAUCCUUCAGACUACUCGAAAAUUCGAUGACUAUAUCUACGCAAUCAUUUUUGUGAUCUUCCUCGUGCCACAUUUCUUUAUUCCCUUCGUGGGAUGGGGUGUAGCCAACCAUGUUGCAGUCUACAAAACUAUGUGGGGGACUUUCCAGCUACGCUACUACCGCGUUACAGGAGAGAACCUGAAAUUCCCACACCUCAAAGUUCUGAUCGUGAUCAUAUCUGUUGGAUGUCUUUUGCUCGCAAUUUGCUUUCUCCUGUCCCUGAGUGCUCUCAUGGAGGGCUUUGCACUUUGGCAUACCUCUGCUUACUAUCACAUCGUCACGAUGAUCAACAUGAAUUGUGCGCUCUGGUAUAUCAAUUCCCGAGCCAUCCGAGAAGCUUCCAGGAGCCUCUCGAGAUGCUUCCGUCGGGAUGUCAAGAUUGAAUGCAAUGCUGCCAUGAUCUCAACUUAUCGUUUUCUCUGGCUCAAUCUCAGUGAAUUGUUGCAAACUCUGGGAAAUGCUUAUGCUAGGACCUAUUCCACUUACUGUCUCUUCAUGUUCGUCAAUAUAACUAUAGCAAUCUACGGAGCUUUGUCCGAAGUUCUGGAUCAUGGCUUUGGAUUCUCCUUUAAAGAAUUCGGUUUAAUUGUCGACGCAACCUACUGCUCCGUGCUACUCUUCAUUUUUGCCGAUUGCUCCCACAAUGCCACUCUCCAAGUGGCCCAAGGUGUCCAGGAUACUCUAUUGGAAAUCGAUUUGUUGAAUAUCGAUCAGCCCACCCACAAGGAGAUUGACUUAUUCAUUCAAGCCAUCGAAAUGAAUCCCGCCGUGGUGAGCCUGAAGGGAUACGCCAAUGUCAACCGAGAACUUCUAACAUCGUCCAUCACCACAAUAGCUAUUUACUUAGUUGUGCUACUUCAGUUUAAGCUUUCCCUCAUUCAGCAACAAGCUUUUGCAGCGGCUACAAGUGGGAAAGUGCUCAUUGAACAUCCGCAUUAGAAAGCAUUAAAAAUGUAUUAUUCAGUCGAUUUAGUCCUUUUUCCACUAAAGAAAUUUAUGCUGUGGAAAUGAUGGAUUAUGAAAUCAGACACAGUUGUUAUUGCAUGAGUUUUAGUUAAAAAGCUCGAUAAAAGUUUUCACUUUUAUCGAAUAUUAGAGAGAAUAAUUGAUAGCGUUCUAAUAGGUGCAUGCACUGAUAAUAAUACACCUGAAUCCUAAAGUUGCACCUUGUUCCUCUUGAUUUUUAUAGUUCACCAACUGUUAAGAUUCCCAUCAAUAAUUAUUUUUUAAAAACAAGGGGUGAGUAGCUUAGUUAAAUUUUUGUUAAUGAGUUAUUAUCAAACUUUUUAAUUUUCACUAAAGUGUAAUAAUAAAUUUUUGUAUAAGCUUAAAAUCAAUAAUUAAAAAUAAAGUUUCAAAGGACAAACAUAUUAAAAACGAACAUGAAAAGCAUAGGGGAAAGCGCGCUACCUUCGGACGACCCAAGCUUCGAACAACUCAUUUUAUUCAACACUCUUUUUAUUAAUUUGAUUCAUUCUAAUAUUACAUUUUAAAACCUAGUUUAUUGCCUCAAAUUUCCUGAAAAGACCCAUGGGUCAAGUCCAUUAAGAACAUAGAAAACAAAUUGAAUUGUCCGAAGCUUGAGUACUGCUACAGCUAAAGCUUUGCUUCUACUUUAAUUCAUAAAUAUGAACUUAAUAAAAGAUAGAAUAGCAGUUCCAUAUAGAUGAAUAUUAACAAGAAAUGAGGUAAAGGAGAAGUACUUGUAAUUUAGGACAGGGUGUAUGUAAACACAAAUGUCCGGUUGAAAUAUAAUAUUUUCAAUACAAA